CCGUCAUCUGGCCAUGUAUCUUGAGGCAUGAUGCUUGAUAGAGGAGGCACAACUCACAGCGUGCUGGAAUCAUGGCUCGCAUCUAUCAUAACCGUCGCGCUCUCGAAUACGCGACGCCAUCUUCCCUGUUGCCAGGUUCUGACGUGCUCGCUUUCCAUCAAAGUCUACCGGGUUACGGCGCGACUCCAUUGAUCGAGCUUCCGUCCAUUGCACACGACCUGCACGUCAAGCGGCUAUUCUUGAAGGACGAAUCCUCGCGAUUGGGAUUACCUGCGUUCAAGAUCCUCGGCGCGUCAUGGGCGGCCUACUGCGCGAUAAAACGGUACCUCAAACUUGACGUCGGUCCGUACAUUGAGGACCUCGCCAGAGAAGUGAAAGGGAAGGGCAUCGCGUUGUUUGCUGCGACGCAGGGCAACCAUGGUCGAGCCGUGGCGAGGAUGGCGAGGCUGCUGGGAAUAGGCUGCAAGAUCUUCGUUCCUCGAGGUAUGCUCAGUACCACCAAGGUGCUUAUCGCAGGAGAGGGCGCGGAAAUAGUCGAAACGCCUGGAGACUACGAUGCAGCAGUGCAGGAGGCCAGCAUAGCCUCCAAAGAUGUGGAGGGAGGAAUCUUGGUCGAGGACACAGCAUUCAAAGGCUACGAGGAGAUCCCAAAGUGGAUCGUAGAGGGGUACACGACCUUGAUGGUAGAGCUUGAGAGGCAAGUACUCGCGUCAACGGGAGGCAAGCACGCGGACAUCGUGAUCGUUCCAGUCGGCGUCGGAUCGCUGGCACAGGCUGUGGUCACUUAUGCAAAGCGGAUGGGCUGCGGCGGCAACACGAGAAUCGUGACGGUUGAACCAGACACAGCAGCAUGUCUCAAGAAAGGCCUCCUGAAUUGUGCUUCUAGCGCAUCCGCUCCUGCUGAGAUUGAUACGGCCUCCACGAUCAUGGCGGGUCUUCACUGCGGGACGGUUUCUUCGCUUGCGUGGCCAAUUCUCCGGGAAGGCGUUGACGUAUGCGUAUCCGUGCCGGACAUCGAGGUCCAUCGAGCAGUGCAAGAGCUGCACGCGGCGGGUGUCGACGUCGGCCCGUGCGGUGCCGCACCAUUGGCUGCCCUGCGUCUCCUAGCUGCUCAGUCCGAAGUGGACAUACUGCACGAUGACAGCGUCGUUGCCCUUCUUGCCACCGAGGGUCCGCACGACUACGCUCUUCCUCUUGACACUACGACGACGGAUCCAAUUGCGCUCACCCAAAUCCUCACUGGCAUCGACUCGUCGAACCCAGAUUUGAGCAGGCACGCUGGAACGGGCGAAGCAAUCAUCGCCGAAUACCUCAUGGGCUGGCUCAUGCAUCACGAAUUCGAGGUACACAGGCUAGAAUCCCGUCCUGGUCGUCCAAGCGUCGUGGGCGUGGCAAGAGGGAGUGGGGGAGGCAAGGCGCUGAUGUUCAACGGGCACAUCGAUACGGUGACAACGGCCGGAUAUCUCGGGAAUCCGCUGAGUGGCGAGAUCAAGGACGGUGCCGUGCACGGUCGGGGAUCGUUCGACAUGAAAGCAGGGGUCGCAGCCUCGCUCAUUGCUGCCUAUCAAGCGCGCGAGACGCAGCAGUUGAAGGGCGAUAUUAUCCUUGCUCUUGUUGCUGACGAGGAGAAUAUGAGUCUCGGCAUAGAGGAGCUGCUUGCAGCUGGCUGGCGCGCAGAUGCCGCCGUCGUCAGCGAGCCGACGAGUCUUGAGCUACAGCUGUGCCACAAGGGCUUCGUUUGGGCGAACGUAGACAUCAUCGGUAAAGCUGGCCAUGGGUCGCGUCCAGACCUCGCUGUAGAUGCAAUCGCCAAAGCGGGCGACUUCCUCGUUGCCUUUGAAAAAUAUGGUGAGGACCUACUGGCAAGCCGAGUAGAGGGUGCAGCGAGGCAUCUUAUUCUGGGAACGGGCACAGUACACUGCAGUCUCAUCAAAGGCGGAGAAGAGUUGUCGUCCUAUCCGGCGCGAUGCACGGUAUCUGUCGAGCGGAGAACGGUACCUGGCGAGACGCCGCAGUUAGUGGAGCUGGAACUACAUGCUCUUCUCGACAAGCUCGCGCGAGAGGCGCCCGACUUCAAGUCUGAGCUUCACAUGGGAAUUUUCAGACCACCGUUCGAGAUCGAGAAGGGACAUCCAUUUGCGAACUUGGUUGCUAGACAUGCACGCGAGGUCUUGGGGGAAGAGGUGAAACUUGCUGGCGCAUCGUUCUGGGCAGACAGCGCACUUUUGGCGGACAAUGGUAUCCCUUCGCUUCUGUUUGGUGUGCAAGGAGGAGGGGCGCAUUCGUCGGAGGAGUGGGCAACAGUGGAUAGCAUCGCGAGGGUGACUGAGAUUCUCACUCGCGUAGCCAUCGAGUUUUGUGAUUGAGCUUGCACAAACUCCGCGCAUAUAGUCAUCGAAUGUUCCUGGAUACAUGUCGCCAAUUGUUUGGGCAUCAUGAGAAGAUACGAAUUGGUCAUAAAUCAGCGGGGUUGCAUGACAAUAGAAAUUCAUUAGUGCCUCUGUAAUACCGGACAGAGAUUACAACAUGGUUGCCGUUUUGAAAGCGCGCG